AUGAGAUCAAAUCAUUCAUGUCACAGGUACAAAAUCAUUCUCCCCUACUUUUCUACUUGUGCAUCCCAUUCUGAUACUUUUCUACUUGAUACAAUAAUCGGCGAUUCAAAACCAUCAAACGCUUCAGCAUCUAUCGUAUUCGGAUGUAGCACAUCCCAAACUGGGGAUUUAACCAAACCCGAUAGAGCCAUUGACAGAAUCUUUGGAUUCGGUCAACAAGGACUCUCUGUAAUCGCGCAGCUUUCUUCACAAGGGAUCGCUCCAGAUGCUUUCUCUCAUUGUCUCGUCGGAAACGGUGGUGGUGGUGGGAUUUUGGUUCUAGGCUACGAUGGAACUACCAAUGAUUGGGAUGACUACUCAAGAUAUGUGAAUCCUAAUGGAGUUGAUUUAUCUCAUGGUGUUUAUGGUUAUGAUUAUGCACCAUAUGGACCUUAUUCUCCUGCUGGCUCACCUAUGCCAACAGUAGGUCAAUAUGGUGAACUCUAUGGGGCCCAACAUUACAAGUACCCUACUUCUUACUUCCCACCUAUGACCCCUACAACCCCUUAUUCUCCUGCUCCUCCAAAGGGUGAGAUCACAGCAACUAAAGAGGAACCUGCUUUAUCUUUGGACACAACUAAAGGAAACCCAAAUGGUGUGAAGGGGAACACUGCUUCUACCCAUCCUCAGGUAGAAGUUAAGAGUUUUUCAGCAGAAGCAAUCAAUCCUCUUGCUUGCAAUACUGAUGGUACUUACAUAGUAAGAGGAGGAGUUUCAGGUCAUAUUUACUUGUGGGCGGUUGCAGCUGGUAGAUUAUUAAAGAAAUGGCAUGGUCACUAUAGGCCUGUUACUUGCUUGGUCUUUUCUAAUGAUCAGUCACUUUUGAUUUCUGGAUCUGAGGAUGGAAUUAUAUUUGAUGAGGAAGGACAACAGAGAGCAGGACAUCUGUAUGAGUACAGUUUCACUGGUCAUGCUUUACCUGUAACUGACAUUGUCACGGGCUAUGGAGGAUCCAAUACAAUUAUCUUAUAUGCUUCUCUAGAUCAUACUUGCAAGGUAUGGAGCCUAACUAGAGGGACAUUGUUGAGAAAUAUUGUGUUCCCUUCAAUAAUUGAUGCAGUUGCAUUAGAUCCAGGGGAAUAUGUUUUUUAUGCUGGUGGGAGAGAUGGGAAAAUAUACAUUGCAGAACUCAAUGCUCAAGUCACAUCCAACAACAACAACAACAACAACAACAACAACAACAACUAUGGUUUGCAUAUCAUUGGCACAUUAUCUGAUCAAAGUAAGGCUAUAUGCUCUUUGUGUUUUGCAUUGGAUGGAUAUCAAUUGGUUGUUGGAUCAGAGGAUGGAAUGGUUCGUGUUUGGGACACUAAAUCUCGUAAUAUCAUUCGUGUUUUUAAACAAGCGAAAGGUCCUGUUAACAAUAUUGUUGUUAUGCGACAACCAACAGCGCUUUACCCUCGAACAGCAACAAAUAAUAAUCAAGGUCCAAUGGGAAGAAGACACGUGACAUUACCACCUCCACUAGGUGGCCAUCUGGUUUACCUUGAAAUUGGUGAUCGUGUUUUAGUAGAAAAAAAGAACGCAGAACUGAAAUAUGAUAUCUCAUGUCUUGACAUACACCCCAUUGGUGAAAAUCCAAAUUAUAGUAAUCUUACUGCAGUUGGGAUGUGGACUGAUAUUAGUGUCAAGAUAUUUUCACUACCCGAUUUAAAUCUCAUCACUGAAGAACAUCUAGGUGGCGAAAUAAUACCACGUUCUGUUCUUCUUUGUGCCUUUGAAGGGAUACCUUACUUGUUGUGUGCACUUGGGGAUGGACAUCUUUUGAACUUUUUACUCAACACAAGCACAGGAAAAUUAACAUACAGGAAAAAGGUGUCACUUGGGAAAGAAUUAAGAAUGUUGUCACAGGCUGUAAGAGAUGCUGGAGCCCUUAGAGAAGCUAAGGAUAAACUGGAGAAGUGAGUUGAAGAGCUGACAUGGAGAUUAGACUUUGAAAAGUAUUUGACGGUAU